AUGGUGUCAUCUUUCGAUGGCAAGGUGAUUGCUAUUACCGGAGCAGCGUCCGGAAUGGGGCUUGCUACAGCGCAACUGCUAGCGACACGUGGUGCAACUAUCUCUCUCGCAGAUAUCAACCAAGAUGGACUGAAAGAGGCGGUCCGCUCCCUGGAAAACAGUGAGAAGCAUAUAUACACUGUCGUCGAUGUGCGCAAUAGCCAGUCGGUGGAUGCGUGGAUCACUUCGACCGUGGCUAAAUUCGGAAGACUGGAUGGGGCUGUGAACAUGGCCGGUGUCAUUACUCCCGCCACCCCUAUCACCGAGGUGAGGGACGAGGAUUGGAACUUCUCGUUUGACGUCAACGCUAGAGGUGUCUUCUAUUGUGUCUCUGCUGCGAGCACAUUUGGACAGUUCGGCGCAGUAGGAAACGUCGCAUACUGCGCCAGCAAGGCAGCUGUCAUCGGCCUAACUAGGACAGCGGCUAAAGAAAACCAGAAGAUCAGAGUGAACUGCGUAUCACCAGGCUCCGUCAACACACCGAUGUCACGAGGCGAAAACCCUGAGGACGUCAAGCGUGGUCUGCAGGUCACUGCCCAGAAGCGCAGAGCGGAACCGAUUGAAAUCGCAAAUGUAAUUGCAUUCUUGUUGAGUGAUGAGGCUUCUUUCGUGACUGGGGCUGUUUAUAAUGUGGACGGUGGCUGGGUCUGUUGA